AUGUUCCAGAUCCUCACAAUGCUGCUGCUGGAAAUGCAGCUUUAUGUGGUUUCAGCUUUAUUUACAGUUGAAGUUCCUCAACAGCUAUACGUUAUAGAGUAUGGGAGCAACGUGACCAUGGAAUGCAGAUUUCCUGUGAAUGGCUCAUUAAACCUAGGACUCCUGACGGUUGUUUGGGAGCAAAAAAGGAAGGACCAAUUGAAACCAAAAGAGGUGUACACCCUUCGCAAAGGCAGGGCAUUGCCUCCAUCCCAACAUCAUGAUUACACAGGAAGAGCAGCACUUCUGCACAGUGAACUGAAAAUGGGACGAGCUAUCCUUCAGAUCACCAGCGUGAAGAUCAGAGAUGCGGGAUCAUACCUGUGUCUCAUUGACUAUCAAGGUGUGGACUACAAGUACAUUACUUUGGAAGUAAAAGCAUCUUACCAGAGAAUAAAAACUCAAGUAAUGAAAAAAACAGGUGAAGACAAGUUUGUUUUUAUGUGUCAGUCAGAAGGCUUUCCUCUGGCAGAGGUUUUUUGGCAAAAUGAGAAGAACUCCAAUCUCAGUGGAUCUGUAAAUACCACCUAUACACUGACCACAGAUGGCCUCUACAAUGUCACCAGCAUUCUGACGUUAAAACCAAAUAUGAGUGAGAACUACAGCUGUGUGUUCUGGAAUAAAGAACUGAAUGAAGAAACUUCAGCUCACAUUUCCACUUUAGGUUUGUAUCAGCUUGAAUUUGUACAAGACAGAGAGUGA